UAUACAUUCCUUAUGAAGCACGCGCAUUUUAGCACUCAUGUCCUCAAAAUACAAUCCACAAUAGCACCUACCCCAAACAAGCUGUUUGCUCUCUCUCUCUCUCUCUCUCUCUCUCUCUCUCUCUCGCGAUCAUUUCCAGCAAAAUCUCUCCUUCCGGUUUCUGAACCAAUUUGUCUGCUCCUAAAUGUCGAAUACUUUGCGAUUGUACUUGACGUGUAUAAGGAACACUCUCGAUGCCGCAAUGUGCCUUCAGAAUUUUCCUUGUCAAGAAGUUGAAAGGCAUAACAAGCCGGAAGUUGAGCUAAAGACCAGCUCAGAACUUCUGCUAAAUCCUGUUUUGAUAUGUCGAAAUGAGGCUGAAAAAUGCUUAAUUGAGACAUCUAUUAAUUCCCUUCGCAUAAGCCUCAAGGUAAAGCAGGCAGAUGAACUUGAAAAUAUACUAACUAAAAAAUUUCUUAGAUUUUUAUCGAUGAGGGCAGAAGCAUUCCAGGUAUUGAGGAGAAAGCCAGUGCAGGGUUAUGAUAUUAGUUUUCUUGUAACAAAUUACCAUUGCGAGGAUAUGCAGAAGCACAAGCUCAUUGAUUUUAUUGUACAGUUCAUGGAGGAUAUUGAUAAAGAGAUAAGUGAAUUAAAGAUGUCAGUGAACACACGGGGGAGGCUGGUGGCCACAGAGUUUUUGAAACAAUUUAUGUAAUAUUUCUGUUCGUUACCAAGUUGUACAUGAAUUUACCUUUUACAGAUUCUGUUCGACCAUUUGCCAUUUUUUA